AUCGGGUCGGCCCAUUAAAGAAAGUUGAAAGUGGAUAUAGGCUGAGGAGGAGGUUGACGAAGAGCUUCUCCAGACAGAAGGAGGGGGCAUUGAUUCCGCAAGCUUUUUGCUGUGAUGGCAGGCGGGCAGUCGGAGAGGGAAGACAAGGUUUCGCUCGAACUUACUGAAGAGAUCCUUCAGAGCAUGGAAGUCGGAAUUACCUUUCGCGAUUAUAAUGGAAGAAUCAGUUCAUUGGAUUUUCACAAGACGUCACCUUACUUGGUCACUGCAAGUGAUGAUGAAUCAAUUCGUCUAUAUGAUGUCACAACUGCUACGUGUUUAAAGACAAUUAAUAGCAAAAAGUAUGGUGUUGAUCUGGUCAGCUUUACUUCCCAUCCAACGACUGUUAUAUAUUCUUCAAAGAAUGGGUGGGACGAAUCUUUGCGGCUUCUCUCACUGCACGAUAACAAAUAUUUGCGGUAUUUCAAGGGGCAUCACGACAGGGUUGUCUCGCUGAGCAUGUGUUCCAGAAAGGAAUGCUUUAUUUCUGGAUCUCUUGAUCGAACUGUAAUGUUAUGGGACCAAAGAGCCGAAAGAUGCCAGGGCCUUCUACGUACACAAGGAAGACCAGCUACGGCUUAUGAUGAGCAAGGGCUUGUUUUUGCUAUUGCUUUUGGAGGAUACAUAAGAAUGUUUGAUGGACGCAAGUAUGAAAAGGGGCCAUUUGAAAUAUUUUCAGUUGGUGGAGACGUGUCAGAUGCUAAUGUUGUCAAGUUCAGCACUGAUGGAAGGCUUAUGCUUUUGACUACUUCAGAUGGAAAAAUCCAUGUCCUUGAUUCGUUCCGUGGCACACUGUUGUCAACAUAUAAUGUGAAGCCCGUUUUAUCCGAUUUAACUUUGGAGGCAUCUUUUAGCCCUGAAGGAAUGUUUGUCAUGUCAGGUUCAGGGGAUGGCAGUGUAUAUGCUUGGAGUGUCCGGAGUGGCAAAGAGGUUGCAUGUUGGAUGAGUACAGACGUCGAACCUCCAUGUAUAAAAUGGGCCCCGGGAAGCUUGAUGUAUGCAACCGGUUCUUCUGAGCUGUCGUUUUGGGUUCCGGACUUGUCCAAAUUGUCCGCUUACGUGGGAAGGAAAUAAACAGAACUACAAAGGUAUUGUUAUGUUGUUCUUUUCAGAGCCUAAGGGUCUGUUUGGGUGGACAUCCUUGCAGUUAAGCUCAUGUACUUUGUUUGUUGUAUAUUUUGAUUUUAGAAUACUCGUCCCUACCAAUUUAUUGUCUAUUUGAUUUUUCUUGGUUAAAGUUCACGAAUUCUUAUUGAGUUUUGUGGAUAAGGUACAUUUAAUUAU